UACUGUGUGAAUAAUUUCGUGAUGUCUUCGUUUUUCUGGAUUCUUAAUGAGGAAUCUCGGUUGAUGAACAUAAACGUGCCAUUUUGUCGUUGAAGUUUAAUAGAUGGAUUCUGUAGCUUUGUUUCAUGCAAUUGGUUAUUUGAAUUUGGCUUUAUGUUUUUUCAUUUUUCAUUUUUUUCCAAAAGAAGAAAAACGAAGAACUUCUUCUGUCUGUUACUAACUUGAGAGGAAUGAACAUGAAUUCUUUGCGAGCUCUUGAAUAUGAGCUGGUUAAAUGUGCAGCUGUAGAAUUCAUUAUGGCAACUGCUGCUACUGCUUCCAUUUUCCCUGUUCCUUCACCCUCACCAGAUGCAGGUGCAGAUGGCAACAAACUUGUUGGUGGCUCUGUUAAACUUCAAGGGCUCAAAUCUAAACAUGCAUCUUCUGGUGGCUUGCAAGUUAAAGCUCAUGCCCAAGCUCCACCUAAGAUUAAUGGAAGCACAGUAGAAAGCUUGAAGCAUGAUGAUGAUUUGCCUUCCCCUCCCCCCAGGACUUUUAUUAACCAGUUACCUGAUUGGAGCAUGCUUCUUGCUGCUAUAACUACAAUUUUCUUGGCAGCAGAAAAGCAGUGGAUGAUGCUUGAUUGGAAACCAAGGCGAUCUGACAUGCUUAUUGAUCCCUUUGGAAUAGGAAGAAUUGUUCAAGAUGGUCUAGUGUUCCGUCAAAACUUUUCUAUUAGAUCAUAUGAAAUUGGUGCUGAUCGAACAGCAUCUAUAGAGACAGUAAUGAACCAUCUGCAGGAAACUGCACUUAAUCAUGUCAAGACUGCUGGACUUCUUGGUGAUGGCUUUGGUUCCACACCAGAAAUGUGCAAAAAGAACUUGAUAUGGGUAGUCACACGGAUGCAGGUUGUGGUUGAUCGUUAUCCUACAUGGGGUGAUGUUGUUCAAGUAGAUACUUGGGUAUCUGCAUCUGGGAAGAAUGGCAUGCGUCGUGAUUGGCUUCUGCGUGACUGCAAAACUGGUGAAAUAUUGACGAGAGCCUCCAGUGUUUGGGUCAUGAUGAAUAAACUAACAAGGAGGCUAUCUAAAAUUCCAGAAGAAGUCAGAGCGGAGAUAGCAUCUUAUUUUGUGAAUUCCGCUCCAAUUCUGGAAGAGGAUAACAGAAAACUGUCUAAACUUGAUGACAAUACCGCUGAUUACAUUCGCACGGGUCUUCAGCCUAGAUGGAAUGAUCUAGAUGUCAAUCAGCAUGUUAACAAUGUGAAGUACAUUGGCUGGAUUCUGGAGAGUGCUCCGCAGCCAAUCUUGGAGAGUCAUGAGCUGUCUGCAAUGACUUUGGAGUAUAGGAGGGAGUGUGGUAGGGACAGUGUGCUGCAGUCCCUCACUGCUGUGUCUGCUGCCGAUGUUGGCAAUCUUGCUCACAGGGGGCAACUCGAGUGCAAGCAUUUGCUUCGACUUGAAGAUGGUGCUGAAAUUGUGAGGGGUAGGACUGAGUGGAGGCCCAAACCUGUGAGCAACUUUGACAUUGUGAAUCAGGUUCCAGCCGAAAGCAUCUAAGAUUUCGGAAUGGUUAGUAGCCGGAGUUGCAUCGGUUUCUUUGCCGAGUUGUGGCCCCUGGAGAGUCUUGCUUGUGUUUGUCCGAUCUAGAUGUCUUUAUAUAUGCAUACCUUCUAAUUUGUGUUACUUUUGGUGGUAAGGUGGGGAAAGUAGAAGUAAAUCUCAUUCUCAUUGUAAUUAGCUCCUGCACUACCCCCUCUUCUCUCGAUCUCUUAUCUCUCUCCGCUCCAUAUCUCAUUACAUUAAUGGUUGGGCUACUGCUAGGCUGUCUUCAAUAUUUAAUUGCUUCAUCAAAAUGGCUAGGCAUGUAUAUUAUUAUUAUGAUUAUUCUUUUCUCUACCCCUUGUUGGAAAGAUGCAAUUUUUCUUGUGAACAGAAAGCACAAUUAUUGUUUGCAUGUAUAUCCUGUAGGCAAGAAUGAAAUUGCUCGUAUGAUGAAACUUUUA